AUGGCGUCCACACCGCCGCCGGUAAUCGGCAAGGCGGGAAACCUCACUGUCUUCAUCACGCCCCCGGCCACGCCGCCGCCAGUGGAUACCCCGACCUCUCGUUCGGCCGAGUCGCCAGGAUCUGAGUUUUCCACCCCCAAUUCCACUCCCCGUUCGGUGGCGUCUCCUGCGUCCCCGCCGCCGGAGCAUAUAGCCACAUCGCCUCCGCCGGCCAAGAUGGUCUCGCCGCCUCCGCCGGUCAAGACGGUCUCCCCGCCACUGCCGCCAGCCAAACUGUUCCAGGCCUCGCCAGUGCAGGUACCUCCGCCGCAGUUCGAGAAGGCAGAGUCGAGGACGGAUGGAUCGGCGUUCGGGUUCUUCUGGGACGCGGUUUUGCGCGUGCAAGAAGCGCACGCAAGCUUGGAUGAGUACAUUUCGAAUUGGUUCGGGCUGGAUCAAUCCAAGUACCAGUGGGCGCUCAACGACUAUUACGAGAGCACCGGAAAGCUUAUUCUUGUGAGGCUAAUUCUUGGUGGUAGACAAUUAGCUGUCACCGGUUGUGAUCAUGUGUGUGAUUUAGUGCCAUUUAAGUUACGGCUUUCUUUUGGUGGUCCACCACGUUUGGGCUUGAUUAACUGUGACUUGUGCCUUGAUGGUUAUGACUUGUAUAGCUUUAUUGAUGCCUCAAAUGGGCCUUUGUCAUAUAUGGUAAUGGUUGUACUUGAAAAUGAAUUUGAGAUGCCAUCCAUCAUGCUGGAGGAUGCUCAAAUUACGAAUUAUAAAUUCCAAGUGAGGUACAGAAAGCUUCCUCUCCUAGAGAAGCUGCUGAUUGAUCUUAAAAUAAGAUAA